GAGUUAACUAAGUGCAGCUUACUGCCAGUUAGCCUCUUUCACCAGGAAUGCAGUUUGUGUUUACCUAUAUAAGGAAACCUGUUAGACUUAAAGGAGCUCGGCAGGGCUGCGGGCUGCCUGCGAGAGGGGCGAGGGGGAGCCCGCGGGAGGGCGGGACGGAGCGCAGCCCCCGCCACGCCGCCGAGGCGAGGCGCCCGCCCGGGAGGGACCGCGUCCCCCCUCUCCUUCGGCUUCGGGAGGAAAAGAAGGAAAAACUGUCAGGGGGGAAAAAUGGAGGAGCAGAUAGCUGAUCAGCUUCCCUGGAUUUCGCUGACACCACAGGAAAGCUUUGCCUGAAGAUGGAAACACUGGAGUCGGAACUGACCUGCCCUAUCUGUCUGGAGCUGUUUGAAGACCCGCUGCUGCUGCCUUGCGCUCACAGCCUCUGCUUCAACUGCGCGCACCGCAUCCUGGUCUCCCACUGCGCCACCAACGAGCCAGUGGAGUCUAUCACCGCCUUCCAGUGCCCGACCUGCCGCUAUGUCAUCACCCUCAGCCAGCGCGGUCUAGACGGGCUCAAGCGCAACGUCACCCUGCAGAACAUCAUCGACAGGUUUCAGAAAGCCUCGGUCAGCGGGCCCAAUUCCCCCAGCGAGACCCGCCGGGAGCGGGCGUUCGACAGCAACAGCAUGUCGUCCUGCGAGAAGGUCCUCUGUCAGUUCUGCGACCAGGACCCUGCCCAGGAGGCAGUGAAAACCUGCGUUACCUGCGAGGUGUCCUACUGUGAGGAGUGCCUGAAAGCCACUCACCCCAACAAGAAGCCGUUCACAGGCCACCGUCUCAUUGAGCCCAUCCCAGACUCUCACAUCAGGGGAUUGAUGUGCUUGGAGCACGAGGACGAGAAAGUUAACAUGUACUGCGUGACCGACGACCAGUUAAUCUGUGCUUUGUGUAAACUGGUCGGGCGACACCGUGAUCAUCAGGUGGCAGCUUUAAGUGAGCGGUAUGACAAGCUAAAGCAAAAUUUGGAGAGUAACCUCACCAACCUUAUUAAGAGGAAUACUGAACUGGAAACACUUUUGGCGAAACUCAUUCAGACCUGUCAACACGUAGAAGUAAAUGCAUCUCGCCAAGAAACCAAGCUGAUGGAAGAAUGUGACCAGCUCAUUGAAAUAAUCCAACAAAGACGACAAAUAAUUGGAACCAAAAUCAAGGAAGGAAAGGUGGUGAGGUUGAGAAAACUGGCUCAGCAGAUUGCGAACUGCAAACAGUGCAUUGAGCGCUCAACAUCCCUCAUCUCUCAGGCUGAACAGUCGCUGAAGGAGAACGAUCACGCUCGCUUCCUGCAAACUGCUAAAAAUAUCACUGAAAGGGUUUCCAUGGCAACUGCAUCCUCCCAGGUUCUAAUUCCUGAAAUUAAUCUCAACGAUACUUUUGAUACUUUUGCGCUUGACUUUACCAGGGAGAAGAAAUUGUUGGAAUGCCUUGAUUACCUUACAGCUCCAAACCCACCCACCAUUCGAGAAGAGCUCUGUACAGCUUCUUAUGAUACCAUUACUGUCCACUGGACAUCAGAUGAUGAGUUCAGUGUGGUCUCUUAUGAGCUGCAGUACACCAUCUUCACCGGACAAGCUAAUGUCGUUAGUUUAUGUAACUCGGCCGACAGCUGGAUGAUUGUUCCCAAUAUCAAACAAAACCACUACACAGUGCAUGGGUUACAGAGUGGCACUAAGUACAUCUUCAUUGUUAAGGCCAUUAAUCAGGCGGGCAGCAGAAGCAGUGAGCCGGGCAAGCUCAAGACAAACAGUCAGCCAUUUAAACUGGACCCCAAAUCUGCUCAUAGAAAAUUGAAAGUGUCUCAUGAUAACUUGACUGUGGAACGUGAUGAAACAUCCUCCAAAAAAAGUCACACGCCAGAGCGAUUCACAAGCCAGGGGAGCUACGGAGUAGCUGGCAACGUGUUCAUUGACAGCGGGCGGCAUUACUGGGAAGUGGUUAUAAGUGGGAGCACGUGGUAUGCCAUUGGUAUUUCCUACAAGUCAGCGCCGAAGCACGAGUGGAUCGGGAAGAAUUCGGCCUCCUGGGUGCUGUGCCGCUGCAAUAACACAUGGGUGGUGCGGCACAACAGCAAAGAAAUCCCCAUCGAGCCCGCGCCUCACCUCCGGCGGGUCGGGAUUUUGCUGGACUAUGACAACGGUUCCCUUGCUUUUUAUGAUGCUUUGAACUCUCUACACCUUUACACUUUUGACAUUACAUUUGGGCAGCCAGUGUGCCCCACAUUCACUGUGUGGAAUAAGUGUUUGACCAUUAUAACUGGCUUGCCUAUCCCUGACCACCUAGACUCCUCCGAGCAGCUCGCGUGACUGCUAAAAGCCAAAAGGUAGGACAAUGCGUCUUCCCGGGGCGGCCAGGCGGCUGCUCGCAGGAGCUUGCCCAGAGCUGGUGGAUCACGGAGCAUCCCAGCCAUCACUGACGAAUCUGGCCAGAACUGAAAAGGGAAGAAUAUCUCUUUACUGUGUAUUUUGUACGGAAGGACAAGAAAUGGCUUUAAUAAUAUCUUAGAACAUUCUUUUGAACUUGGUUUUGUUUGGUUGGUUUUCUAUUUAGUCUCUUACAGGAAGAUUUAUAAAUUAUUUAUAAAAAAAAAAAAAAAAAAAAGAGAGAAAGAGAGAAGGGAAAGCCUGGUUUGGACACCUGGAAAAAGACUUAUUUGUUUUGCACAUUGAUGGUCCUAUUAAUUAAAGUUUCAUCAGCCCUUUAGGUCAUUUUAUUUUACAGUGGAUAAAAGCAGGAAGUUGGAAGGAUGAAAGCUGCACGGUGGACAAGUCAGUACACUGCAGGUUUUAUUCGUGCCAAUAUUAGCACUCUCAUUACUGGCCUUAUUGAGUGCAAGAUCUCCUAAUUUCUACUUUGCACAUGGGAGGGUGCAGACCAAAAAGACCAAAAAUAAACAAGUGAGGAAGUGCAGCUAGCCAACACAGCAAAAGAAGACAUUUAAAUUUACUUCUGUUCACAGGGCAGUGCUCCCUCUGUUCAUAAAAAACCAUGUGGAAUGUCUCCUAGAAAUAUGAGUGGAUAAAUCUUCUGGCGAUUUAUUUUGUUGAUGGCAACAUUCCCAUCUACCAGUGCUUUGCCUUCGUCUCUGGGAAACAUUGUAGAAUCACUCAGGAUGUGAAAGACUGAUACCAUCUCUGAGAAUCAGCAACAGUGGACGAGAGCAGCCGAUCCAAGGUCUGACUGUAAACUAAUUUGAUAAAGCACGGCAUCAUUUAAGGAUUGAUUGUAAUAGAAGAUGUCACGGUUCUGAUGGUAGACAUGUGAAUGCUUAUUGGUGAUUUUACAACGUUCAACAUAGCAAGCCCCACCAACAACUCGGAAGUGAGACAUGUGCCACUUUACCAUUGAUUUUAAAUUAAAUACAAAAGUUUCAUUGUUGUACACUAUGUAGGGUCUAUAACAAAGCAAGGAAAUGUGUUUUACAUGUGCUGUAUGGAGAAACACUGCAGCUGGGAUUUGCUCAUAGUAAUCAUUGGCCUGAAUUGUUUGGGAAAGCAUAGUUCUCUGUGAAUGAGGAGUAACAAGUUUUCAGCAGCAGUAGGAAUCUGCACGGGCAGGCCCUACAUUCAUCCUGGUGUUGGUGGAUGAGCUUCAGUGAAGGCAAUAGAGGUUGUACCUACUUUAUCUCAAAGCUGAAUCAGGUGCAUUUUUCUUCUCUUUUCCUUCCACAAAAUAGAAGACCUUUGUAAUUACUUACAAUGCUUCUGUAUAAAUGAUCAUUUGGGGAGAUGCUUGAGGCAUAUGACAACUUUAAAAUAAUGUUUUCCUACAGUGGUUUGUUUUUACUAGGCACAUGGUGAAAAUCUGCCUGUGGAUAAAUUGAAUACCAGCUUUAAGAAAACAUUUGCUCAGUAAUUUGUAACCAGCUUUAGGUGUCUUUUGACAAGGAUGCCUUAAUGCACUUUGUUCACUAAUGAAUCCAAACUAAAAUGGUCCCAAGCUCAGCUUCAGAUUUUUAAAAUACUGAUUCUCCAGGUACCAAGCUGUACUACAGUUUGCUUUAUGAUGAUGUAGAAAACUUACGAGCAAGAUGAGGCAUACAUACAUGCUUAUUUGAUUUUUUUCCUUUUUUUUUUUAAUAGAAAAUAAAUGCCUAUCCAUCUUCCUUUGAUUUCCCUUUACAUGUCCUGCUAAAUGCUAAAUUAAAUAGAGAAAACUCUGACAGUACAUUGCUGGUGCCAUGGCUUUCAGCUAGGGCUGUAUCCCAUGGUUCACAGGGGGAGUCACUCAUCUUUCCGGAGUUGACAUAAAUGAGCAAAAAUGCGUACAUAUAGAGAAUUACAGUGUUUAUCAUAGUGUCUUUAAUAACAAAGAAAUGUAUAUCCUCAAAAAUGAAAAAGUAAAUAAAUUCCCAAACAUUGCAUUUUAUAAUUGAUCACAAUGCUACUAAUACAAUCUGAGGUACAUUGCCCAGAUGGUCUGGCCUGGGGUGUUCGGAAGGUAGCUGAGACGGCGUGAAAAUUAUUAUGAUGACUUUACAGAUGACUGAUGCAAAACAGCGAUAAAAAGAUGCAGGAGGAAAGGAGUUUUAAUGUAGGAUUAUUGCCAAGUUUCUGCCUAAAAGGAAAGGGUAUAUUACCAAAGAACAUGUAGCUAGGCUGUGUAUCUUCUUUUUGCCAGAAAUAUUAAAUCUAGAAGCUGAUUUCAGUAGUGGACAAACUGUUUGGCCAUACAAUGUUGGCAGAGAUUGAGCUGGAUAGAACUAAUACCAUGAAUUUGGAAAGAUCCCCUAUGAUCUCACAUAUUUUCAUUGUAAAGAUAGACCAUGAGUCUAAAGACAGAUCAUGGUUUUGGGCAAUGUAAAAAGAAUGGCCUGUUAUCUACAGGCCUUGCUGUAUGUUUUUUCUUUUUUUACAUGGAAUACUUCAUUUGGAGCUAAGCCACAUUUCUCCAGUGGACUAUUCAGUCAGUCAGUACUCUGUGUAUAUAUGUAUACAUGUGCAUGGGUACACACACACCAGUAUAUGCACAAAUACAGUGUGUAGUUUGUUUAUAUGCAUACAUACAUGUAUACACACACCAACUGAGAGUAAUUAGUCAGGUGUUCCUUUUUCGCUUGUUUCUUGGGCAAUUUCAUAUUCUGUAUGACUAUGAGGAAACAAGUUUGCUAUGAAUGGUAUUCUUCUGGACAUUUUUUAAUGAAAAAAUCUGUUUAUUUUACAAUACUUGAUUCAAUGCCUGAUUAAUCAAUAAAAACAUCCAUUUGAAAAUGUAGCUUCUGUGGUCUGUGGCAUUUUGCAUGGUCCAUAGUAAUCAAUUGAAAUCUGGGGGAAUGGUAAUCCUCAUGUAAAAAUAAAACAUGGUACUUUAAUGUAGUGUGCAGUCUUAGAUGAGGGGUUUUCCCUGAUUUUUGAAAGUUUUGUGACUAGGAAUGAGGUAGCGUUGAAUAAUACCAUGUUUAACAAAGGCAGAUUUUUGAGGUAAUGGUCUGCUGAGAUGCAAGCGAUGAAUGUAGUAGAUAAAACCUGUGUUCGUGUAAUGAUUGUUUCAAAUGUGUAUUUAAAACCCAAGCUGGGAUUCAGCAGGGGUAGAGGAAACUAUAGCACAAUUUUUUUGGAAGAUAGUAGCAUUGGCUCAGAGUAGUCAAAGCUCUUGUCUAGCUUGAGGUAGUGGAAUGGUGGGGGACUUUUUCUGUCUGAGGCCAGAUAAGAUUUUUCAUGUGUUAGGCUCCCAUGUGUUAAUACACGCCCAAUGGGGAAAAAGUCAUUCAGGAAUGCACUGUAUGUCAUAUAUUAUUUAGCAGACUGUCUCCAGCCCACUGUAGUUUCCCAUUGUUAGCUUUCAGAGAGCAAUGAGAGAGCUGAAGUGGCUGCCUUUUCUGUCAUGAAUUUAUUCUUUGUCUGUUUUGGGUAUCCUGUUUCUUGAUUGCUCAAUAAAAAGACCCCCACCAAGCAGUUGGUUCUAAGGGUAGGAAGCAUAAAAAUUCCUCAGGUGUGGGUACACUGUGAAAGCUGGAAAUCAGCAAGUACAGGUGAAAACACAUGCACGUUCUUUGUUAUAUUAGCAGUAGUAGGUCACUAAACAGCAGCGUGCAUCAUCCAUUUCAAUCCUGCAUCUUAAUUGCAAAGACUAUAUAUUCUUUCCAUAUUAGAAAAAGCAACAGGAAACUAUUGAUAGCGCAAAUUACAUUGUCAGCUAUUUAACCUUUUUUUUUUUUUUGAGAUGUCCAGCGUUUAUAGCACUAUGAGGAACUAUUGGCUGUCGGGGUUUUCAUUAAACUGUUAUUUGACAUCGAACCCAGUAUAAGCAUUUCUUUCUUAAUUAUUCUGAUAAAGCAGAUGCCUAGUAGUUCCCAGAUUCUGCUUUUAGUUACAACAGCACAAAUUCCAGACAAGCCCAUGCACCAAAACAAAGUGAGAACUGCUAGUGGCUUUUAUCUGUAUCACCAAAACCGAGGCUAUUCAUUUUAAUUGGAAACACUGUGUCUUCAUUUCUGCUUUAGGAGUGAAGAAGUGUUGGAUCCACACAGAAAGCACACAGUGAACCACCUCAGUAACUGGCCAGGGCAUGCCUGGCCUGAAGGCCACAGGUAGGGCAGCUUUGUGGGGUUAGUGAUAAACAAAAAAAGUCCACAGGUUGCUUAUGUAGUGAUGUACUGGCAAUUUUCUUGUAACAGGAUCUCUGAUGUCCUCUCACACUUUCCAGUACUGGAAGUAUGUAUUAAGAUAUAGGAAUGUAAAGUGCAGUCUUUUCCCGUGCUACUGGGUUGGUUGCUCCUUUAGAAAUUAGCAUCUUCAGUGUAGUGUUCUGAACUUCAGCCAUAAUCUUUGUCUUCUUCACGUGGAGAAAAGCCCUGGUCACUCCCACGUGCUCAUGGUGAGUGUUCCAAAUUAUGCUGAGCGAUUAGUUCUUAUUGCACUUUCUGAACUGAAAGAAACUCUCUUUACAUUUUAACCUUUGAUUUAGCACUUGAUUUUCAUAUGAAAAAUUAAGAGACUAAAGAGCAAUGAUGCUAACAAUGCUUCAAUGUGGAUGAGACUCUUGGUUUGGACCGUGAGGCUCACGGCAUCUGUGUACAUAAAUCUCUGUGCCAGGAUAGACUGAUUGGUCAUUUAUGUGGGAGUUGAAUAGUACAGGUGCAAGAAGGUUUUCUUCUGAAGUAGGCUUUUGCAUUAACUCCACUCUUGGAGUGGAAUAUUAUCUUUCUAUUUUUUAAAUUGAUUUUCUAAUUCAAGUGCAGACCAUGUUAGUAAUAACAUAAUCUUUUACCAUGUUACUUAUUUUAGCAAGCCCUACCAUGUCAUGUGUCUCUGGCGGGUCGCUGAACACAUUAGCUGCAACCAUAACCUUUGAAACAUCACCUCCAAUGUGUAGACUGAUGCUUAAGCCAUUGACCAAGUGUAUAACUUUCCCAGGUGGGAUUCAUCUUGCUUUGAGUAAGGAACUCUAGCACAAAUGGUGAUACCAGAUCAAGGUGAGAGGCUCAUAUAUUUCACAAAGAUAAUAUAGGAAAGAUAUGGGCUUGAGUACCAUCAGCGUUGAGGCAGUUCUGGUUUAGAAGCACGACAAUGUAUUAGGAAGGCAUGAAGUCUUCUACAGCAAUGUGACCAACAGUGUUAUUAUUUCUGCUGCCUGAGAGAGGGAUGGAGGUAGCAAAAGAGGGAGUUCUGGAGCAGUGCUGAGAGAGAUCAUUCAGGCUGACAGGGCAGCUGGAAACAUGCCUCUGCUCCCUGCCCUGGCACCAUGCUGCAGCUGUGCAAAGCAAGUCUGCACCUAUUCUUCCUUCUGUUACAGCUCAGCCCAAAUUCACAUUCCCAAAUGACAGGGAAAAAAUAUUGCAAUUAAAUGUUUUAAAUCUUAACCUGAAUAAAAGCAGCAGGGCAGGGAUGACAGCCCCAGGCCUUGAUUCUCCUUUAUUCACCCAGAUUUUUGUGUCUGUUGACUUCAAAGGGGAUAGUCCUGAUUUACAUAGCGGUAGGUACAAGCUCAUGAAUCUUCAGCUUCCAAAGGGUCAAACCCCAGUGAAGCAGGAGACCCUGUGUGAACAGCUCAGCAUUCCUAUUAAAUCAUAUGUUUGGAGAAAGAACAUUAGCUGCUAGCAAAACUGCAGUUUCUCAUGAGCUGUUUCCCAAGGCCAGCACAGGUGUGUUUUAAAACGUAUGGUUCUUUUAAAAUGUAUGGUUCAAUAACAUUCUUCUUGGGUGAAUUGUUCAGGCAACGCUUUGCUGUUUCCUCCAAGCAGGGUGGGAACAAUUCUUUUAGCAGGUGCUCUGUUACUUUUAUUAAAAUCAUGAGAACGGCAGAUACAUAAGUUAUGAUAUAAUGCUGCAACAUAAGACUAUUGUUCUUGGACUUCCAUUUAAAAAUGGAUAAUAGUUAAAGCAGUUUAGAAGUCUACUUCCUCUAACUGUUUGUCCUAAUGCAUAUAAAUAUUUGAAUGUAUGGAGAUGUUUCCUCUCAAGGAAUAUCGCCUCUUUUCUUUUUAAUACACACAGACACAUAGUAAUUAAGAGUAUUCCUGGAAAUCCAUGAGUUCAGGGAAUAGCUUAUAAUCAAGCCUUUGAAAGACAGCAAAUGGAGGCUUUGUGUUUUGCAUAACAUUAGUCAUUGAGCAGGUGAAAAAAGCUAUAGCUGUUUAGAUCACUAAAUGACAGCCAAAUGCCACACAAGAGGAUGGGAAAGUUUUCAUUAGCAAUUUUUUUAUUUCUCCCUCAUUUUUAUUUUGUACGGAAAACAAACUAUUCCACUUGAAAAUAUUUCUCUGUUAUCCUUCCAUUUCUUCACCUUUCUUUUCUGCUUUCAGUCUCAUUUUCAGCUUUUAAAUAUUAGAGUAGCAAGAAGUAUAUAUUUUAAGAAGUUGGAUUUAUUUUUUUAUUUCCUUGAAAAUUACCUUUUUCAGAUGGCUCACAGAAAAUUAAAUGAGAAGUCAAAGUACUAAUGCAAUAUGGCAGCUUGAAACUCAAGAAUAUUUUUAAAGUAGAAGUUAAGGAAGAGUGCAGAUAAGCCUGUCACUCUUCUACAAUUACUGAAUUAUUUGGUUUCAUUAUUAUGGGCUUAAUAGUAUUGUGCUCUAAUUAAAACAGUGUUAUGAGACCUGAUUAAGGAGCACAAGCAGAGGAAUAGUAGAUUAUUUUAGGAUAACCCUGGAACAAAUUCCCUUUAGUAGUAAUAUAUAUAUUCAACCUUAUUAAUGUCAGCUUGGGUGGGUUUUUUUUUCAUUUUUAAAUAUACUGUGUCCUUUCUAGCAGUAGUUCCCAGCCUAGAAAUAUGUGUCUCUUUUGGGAAACAUAGGGUCUAAUUCUUUAUGGAAUUGGGGAAAAAGCCCUCAAUAUGGUAGGUGUGAAGGUGGUGCUAGCACAGGAGGAACAUCUCCCACUGGCAGGGGGCAAUUUGAUCUAUAUUUCUGUCAUCUUGUCUGUGCAAGUAGUAGUGAUGGCCAAACUGAGGAUCAAAUAGGUUCAUACAGAUUUGUGGGAAGAGGUGAACCCCGACUAGUGAUUAUAACCAGGGGUAGACCCAACCCAGAAAUAAAAAUUAUCAAAUGGAGAUUUGUUCCUUAAUAGAGUCAGUAUCAUACCCUUUUAAUUUCUUCAAAUGGCUGUGACCUCUCUCUCAAUUUGUCCGUUUACGUCCACAUGCUCAUUGUAUAUCUGUUAAAAUUGGAGUUGAAAAUAUUUGGUGGUUUUUUGUCAAUCUACCUUGGAAACAGCAUUGUUGAUACAAUGUCAGUAGCUUAUGGCAGAAGGUAGAGGUGAGGAACAAUGUAGGACCUAGAGAAUAAACACAGAUGCAGCUUGAGUUCAGAACAGCAUAAUACUGCUCAUAUACAUAGUUUCCAUCAAUCCUAAUUUAAAUUAUUCAUGUAUGUUAAGAGAGAGAAACACAACUGAAUUCAGCCUUGGCAUGCGCAUAAAUAACAGUCAGCACAAAGUAGCACAAGGGCUGAAACAAUUGAAAAACAAGACUCUUUUCUGUAAAAUUAAUAGUUGAUGUUUUUUCUUUCCUAACAGAUGGGUCAUAGCGUUCCUACAUUGCAUAUAGUUACACAAACAGGAAGUAUUAUUAAGAAAGUCCCCUGAGUUAUGCUGUAAAUCCUUACAAAUGCAAGACCAACUGAGGAAAUUAGUAUAAAACUUUGAAUGAUAUACACACAAAAAAGAAAACCAAACCCAAGAACACACACAAAAAAAACCCCAGAAAAAAAAGUUAUUCACAAUCAAUAAUUCAAACAGCUGUACCCAGACCAUUCUUUCUAGAAUUCUGAUGCUGCCUUCCUGUAUCCCCCUAUGGUGGGGAUGAAACAAGAAUGCUUUGUCUUUCUGUUCUUAUGAAGUCAGUGCUCCAUAUUAGUACUACUUGGAAAUCUCUGAGGAUGAAUAAAUCUAGUAGGAAUAAGUACAGAGUUCUCACCAGUCGUGAAGCCUAAAUAAGCCAUUAGCCAGUUUCAAGGCUGAAUUACCAUCAAGUUAGGAAUGCUUUCAUGUAUUUUUAACCAUGCAAGAAGAAAUAUAUAGCAUUAAAAAAAAAAGUGACCGAUUUUAUGUAGAUGUGGGAAUAGACGUCAUUCUGCUCAGCUACAAAGCUGCUAUUUGGUACAGGGACAGGAAAAUAUUUUUAUGGGUUUGGUAUAAAGCACCUGCACUUGUGCUGCUUCUCAUGAACACAGAAGUACUGUAACCCUAGGUCCUGGCAACCUUUUAUCUGUCUGUGGAUUUCAAAAGCUCUGCAAAUCAUGCUGAGGGGUGAGUUGGUGUGUGUGGGUACAACGUCCCCUAAAAGUGCUCCCACUGCCCCAAUUUUUCCUGCUUCCCCAAAAGUAGAAGGAGAGGAAAGCCAGCCUCCAAAGGUCUUCAGCUCUAAUCCUCCCCUGACCCUUCUCAUGGCAGGAGCAGGGAAGCCACAGGCUGGCCUCAUCUCCACAUCUUGUGUGGCAACAGAAUUAUGCUAUGAAGCUUUUAGCAGGCCUCUCUGGCUAAGGACCCUGACCCUGCAGAAAAAGAGGUUAAACUAGCUCCACUAGCAGGGUUCAGCCAUUUCUCCAGUAACUUCCCCAGCUUCUGCUAUAGUCAGAAAAUGCAAAGGAAAUCUGCUGCAGGAAGGGUGUGAAGAUGACAUGCCUUCCAAAGGCAUGUCAAAAAGGCUCAAAGAGAAAAUUUUAAGUGGCAUCCAUCCUCAUAGGAAGGUCUGCGUUAGAAAGCUGGGAUACAUUUUUCCAUGUUUCAAUGAAGGUAUGGAAAGCUGCCUCCUUAUGCCUCAGGUUCGGUAGUGCUUGUGGGCAGGAAGGCCUCGCAGUUAAUUCUGAAGAGUGGAAAAUCAUUGUCCCAUGUUUUUCUCCCCACUCUCCUAAAAGUUCGACAAAUGGGAAGAAAAAAAUCCUCAAAUUCCACUGCACGAAGGCUCAUACCACUGGUCUUAGUUGUCAAAAUGAAGACAAUGCAAAAAGAGGCAACCAAACCUGUAUGUGCAAAAUUGUUACUAGUUACAACUGACAUAUUUUUAAUCAGAUAUUAUAAUAGUAACAGAAACAAAGUGGAAGAUUUAUCACGACUGGAACUCUGACAGAAAAAGACAGAAACAGAGGUUGAAGACAGAAAUAAAAUAACUGGGGAAUGCUCCUAGGAAGGUAAGACCAGAAAGGGUUGCUACCCCAGUGCAAUAAGUCUGGUAGAACCUCAUGUGGAAGACUGAAAAAUUCUGGUCUAUUGUAGUCAAGAAAGGUGUUACUCAGUAACACUGGAUCAGAGAAAGGAUCAUCAGAAGGGAAAGGCAAGGGAGAGACUAGGUUAGAAGGGGAGAUGUAUAUGUGGUUUAUCCAGUCUAGCAAUUGCUAUCUGAAUGGAGAUAAAGUUGUUGUGUCUGUAAACACAUGAUUAGGGGUAGCACCAGGAAAGGAGAAUAACAGUUUUCUGUAAAAGUCAAUAUUGGUACAAGAAUAAAUGCAAUCACCCUGUUUAUGGACAGUUAGAUCUACAGAAAUCAAGGUUACUUCACAGGACAGCAAGAGGAAAAAGGGAACCUUGCUGUUUCUGAGAUGAAGCUUUGUGGGUGAAAUUAAUCACAUUUCAAUCUAAAUGCCUAAAUAUUACUUGACUAGACCUAAGCAUAUUUUCUAGGCAUCUUCUAUAAUGAAUGGAGGGCAAAUAACAUCUCCAAAUAUACAUCCCAGGUAUUCUAGCAACCUAACUUGGAACGGGAAGAAACCCACUUCAUGACUGAUCUUUCACCAUUGGUCAUAUGAGGAGUCACAGGCAGCUAGCGUGUACUUGACACCUGCCUUUUAGAUAGCUAAAGGCAGAUAUAGUGACUACCACUCUAUAUAUUUAGCAAAUGGGAUAUUGACAUUUUUAUAGUGCUGCUUAUAGAGUAAAUCCAUUUCUUUGGAUAUAAUACAGAAAUUUAUAGAUGGCUUCUGACUUAAAACCCUUGCUGUGCUGAAGUAAGCAGGCAAUUUUUCAUUGGCCUCAGUGAAGCCCAGGUUUCACCUCUUAAAUACGAAUAAGGGGAAAUAUUGUAAGUCUAAGUUGUAUUAAAUGUAGAUAUCUCCCCUAACCAAAGACUGUUCUAGCCACUGAGUCCUUGUUUUUUCAAAGCAAGUUAUUUAUAAUAAUGCUUCAGUAAAAUGGCCAUCCAGGCAGUCAAUGAAUGAAAAUGCAUGUAUUUGACCACAGAACAAGCCACCCUGGAGACUGUAUGUGCUUGUAUUCAUUCUAUUGCACUGAUCAUGUGCACUAGUAUUUCAGACUCCAAACUGGGUUGCUUAUCCAAUGCUGCAAAAUGGCGUUGUUCUAGCAUUAUCCUUAAAGUGUUUUUAAUGGAUGCUGCAAUCGGAUCUCCUCUGGUGUUUCCUUAAUUCAACAUGUAACUAUAACAUUGUACCAAAGCUAGAAUAGCUAGAUACGAGUUGACAUGGCUGUGUCAUUCAUUCCUCAAAAUGGCAAGGUAUGAUAGACCUGAGUACAAGUAUCAAACUCACAAUGCCUGUGCCAAAUGGAUUUUGGUUUUGGAAUCAAAAGGUCCUCAGCAUAAUUUUCCUGUAGUGGAAAACUAUUCAACAAUUAUAAGUUAAAAGGAAUAUAUAAGAGAUAGCUGAGAAGUGCUGGCUCUUUAAGUCGGAUGCUGAGGUCAAAAGUACUUAUUUUACCAUAUAAUUUAUUUGCAUCUUCUGCAAAGGAAAUAGGGCUGGUUCUCUGAAGGAAAACUGAGAGUCCUUUUGGUAUUCAUGGCAGAUUGAUUCGGUUGGCUACCGUGCAGAAAAUCUUAAUGGGGAGAGAAAAAUUUCUGUGGAUCGAUGUAAAUAUCCCUUUUUCCAAGGUUUUAUCUUAGACUCACCUCUUUACACUGUAUAGGUUACUUUCAGAGGUUUCUUUUUUGCCUGUUUCUAAAGAGCAUGAGUAUUUAUGUAAAGAUGCUGUGGUGAGGUAUGAUUCAUCCUUCAGGUUAAUAGAGUGCACAGUUGAAAAAGCCCUUCACAUGCAAAGUAUUGUUAACUGCUUGUUUUUUUGCAAAAGGGAAGGAAAUGACUCAGCCUUCAGAAAUGUUAUAGUGAAGAUUCUUGAUGUUCUUUAGGCUGAUAGAAAAAGAAUUGCUCAAAUAAAAGGUGAGAAUUUCUGCAGGAAGCACUUUCUGAUGGGAAAAGGAUUAGUGCUCCAGGAAGGAAAACUAGGCAAACAUUUUGGAAAAGGCUUGGCAAAGAGGGAUUUAAUGGGGUUCAAAUCCCAGUGAAAAAUGGAAUAUGAACAGAACUGAGAUAGUCUGCUGUGCUUUGGAGGGACCCAUCUGAGGAUUUCUAUUUGCAGGGAGUAUGGAAAUAGCUUGUGAAACUGCACUGGCCUAUCCUGCUUAGGGGUCUCGAAGUUGGAAGCAGCAGCAGAAAAUAAAGGAACUGCAAUACAGGUCCAGAAAGAAGGAACUGGGAACAUUUUCUUUUCCUCUUCUACUGAUUAAAAAUAAAAAGAAAUUUGAAAUAUCCACAGCAGGAAACAACACAGCAUGAAAAACUUUUGUAAAAUGACCGUCUUUCUCCUUACCUUUGUGAUUUGUAUCAAUGAUUAUGGAAAUGCAGACAGUUUUAAAACUGUAACUUAUUUUCACUGGUUGUGGCAACUUGCUUCAUUACUUUUGUUAAUUGUCACUAUUUAACAAAAUGUUCCUUUACUUCUGCUGCCUAAAACUCAGCCUGUUUCAUGUGUGAGCAGGGCUUUAGAUCCUUAGGUAUUUCCCAAUCCAUCAAGCGUGGAAUAAUCCUAUCUCCUGGGCCCUUCCAAUAGCAUGGUGGGAAUGAAGAGCCACUUUUUUCUGGCUCUACUUGACCCUACCAAGGUUUUUAGUAAAUAUUGUAACUAGGCAGGUACCGUGUUCCUGAGGCCUCUAGGUUUGAAAUCUUGGUGGGUUGAUGUGGCAGAGGGAGGGCUGAUUUGUCUUUUACACAGAAGCAGGCACUGAUUAAGUGGUUAAAAGCAAUGAUGGAUGGUUUUGUGCUGAAUUGCUAGAAUGGAAUGUGUCUGAAGGGCGGUGAGGACGUUUGAUGCUGGAUGAUGAGGAAGUUUUGCCAAGACAUUGGUGAGGUCUCACUAUCGAGGGUGUUCAUGAAAUGUAACUACAGUCACUGUAAUCCAAAAGGAUUUUGACAAAAUCUGUGUAAGGUUAUUGUGCUCCAAAUGGUGUUAAAGUAUGGAAUUUAUGUAAAUGAAAAUGAACUGAUGUUUAGUUAUUGCAAUAAGAUACUGCAGAUGUAUUGUGGGAUACAUAUAAAUGAAUGUGUAAUCUAGAUGAUUUGGGUUAUGAAAGAUGGUGCUUUGGCCAUCUGUCUGUAAUUUUCUUUUACCAGGCUAAGGAAAUUGUGGAUAUGAAAAGAAAUAACAAUUUAUUAGCAAGUUUUGGAUUGUAUGAAUGUGUCUUGAUUUUUGUAAUAAAGAAUGUUAACUCUA